AGAUGUACGAUUCAGGGGAGAGUGUGCGUCUGUAACCGUGGUGUUCGUUCGUGUGUGUGCGUGUUUACGUACAGCAGGUACUACAACGUCGCGUUAUUUAUUUUCUGAAGCCGCACGUGUGCGAUGAUGCGGAGAGUCGUUGCCCACGCGCAUAAAUGAACUGCUGUUGGGCUCGCGUGACAGCCUUGCUUGGGCACAGCGGCAUCAACACGCUUUCGCGUCGAUGUCCUCGCUUGCACGAGCUUGAGAAUCGAAAGUGCUUCUGCUACGCUGCCGUACUUGGAAGGUCCCUGUUCGCGAACGCAUUGCCAAGGCGCUGCAAGCGACCACUGCUUUGUUUAGGCGAGAUGGCGGCCUCGUCUACUUCCUCAGCACUUGUCUCAACUUCAGCUAGCUGCAGGAAAAAUCGGCUUGCCUACGAAAAGUCUCCGUAUCUUCUGCAGCAUGCCAAUAACCCUGUUGACUGGUACCCUUGGGGUGAGGAUGCCUUCAAGAAGGCCAAAGAAGAGGAUAAACUAAUUUUCUUGUCUGUGGGCUACUCAACGUGCCACUGGUGCCAUGUGAUGGAGCGGGAGUCCUUUGAGAACGCCGAGAUCGCCCUGCUCAUGAACAGUCACUUCGUCAACGUCAAGGUGGACCGGGAGGAACGGCCGGACAUUGACCGCGUCUACAUGACCUACAUCCAGGCCACGUCCGGAGGCGGCGGUUGGCCCAUGAGUGUGUGGCUCACGCCCGACUUGAAGCCAGUCAUCGGUGGCACAUACUUUCCGCCCGACGACCGGUACUAUGGCCAGCCUGGCUUCAAGACUCUGCUGAACAACAUUGCUGAGCAGUGGCGGCAGAACCGGAUGAAGCUCAUCGACCAGGGAACCCGCAUCUUCCAGAUCCUGCAGCAGACGUCCGACGUGCGCGUUUUUGGCGGGGAAGGCGUACCCAGCUCCCCUCGAGGCAGCGAAGGGAACCAGAGGUGCCCGUCUGCGCCCGACGUUGCCACCACCUGCUUCCGGCAGUUGGAGCGGUCGUACGACAUCACCAUGGGGGGCUUCGGGCGCGCCCCGAAGUUCCCCCAGUGCGUCAACCUGAGCUUCCUGUUGCGGUACCGUUCCGUGCUCCUCCAGGGGGAGCCCCCGUCGGAAGCGAAGCCAGCCGUGGACGGGGCGCUCGAGAUGACUGUCCACACACUGAUCAUGAUGGCACAGGGUGGGAUCCACGACCACAUUGGCAAGGGUUUCCAUCGCUAUGCGACAGACGGCAAAUGGCACGUGCCGCACUUUGAGAAGAUGCUGUACGACCAGGCUCAACUGGCCCGUGCUUAUAGCGAGGCCUACCAGGUGACUCACGACCGCCGGUUAGCGGACGUGGCACGCGACAUUCUCUGCUACGUCGAACGGGACCUCAGCCACCCGAGUGGUGGCUUCUACAGCGCGGAGGACGCCGACUCGUACCCCACUCUAGUGGAGAAGGAGAAGAAGGAGGGCGCCUUCUGCGUCUGGGAGGAGAAAGAAGUGCGUCGUCUGCUCACAGAGCCGCUUCCCAGUUGUGCGGAGAAGACCGUCGCCGACAUCGUGUGCCGUUACUACGACAUCCGGAAGAACGGCAAUGUCGACCCCAUGCAGGAUCCUCAUGACGAGCUCAAGAGGAAGAACGUGCUCAUUGUGCACGAGUCCAAGGAGUCGUUGGCCAUGUGCUAUGGCCUCGAGGUGGGCGUGCUGGACGCCAUGCUGGAGCGGGCCAGGGAGACCCUGUUCAAGGCGCGCCUGCAAAGGCCCAAGCCACACUUGGACGACAAGUUCCUCACCUCGUGGAAUGGGCUUAUGAUAUCCGGCUUUGCCACUGCGGCCCGGACACUGAACCAGUCGGUCUACCUGGACCGGGCCCUCAAGUGUGUGGAGUUCAUCAAGAAGCAUCUCUACAACCCUAAAGAGAAGACUUUGAUCCGGAGUGCCUACCGAGGAGCUGACAACUCAGUUGUGCAAGUGUCACAUCCCAUCCAAGGAGUGCUGGAGGACUAUGCCUUCAUGAUCCAGGCACUGCUGGACGUGUACGAAGCCUCCUUCGAUGUGUCCUGCCUGAUGUGGGCCGAGGAGCUGCAGGACACGCAGAACAUCCUCUUUUGGGACAGCCAGGACAUGGGAUACUUUCUCAGCAAUGGCGAGGAUCCCACAGUUGUGCUGCGUCUUAAAGACGACCAGGACGGGGCUGAGCCGAGCUCCAACUCGGUGUCCCUGAACAACCUGGUGCGACUGUCGGUGCUGCUGCAGCGCGACGACCUCCGCGAGUAUGCCGUGAAACUGGCCUCCGCGUACGGCCAGCGCAUGAUCAUGGUGCCCCUCGCGCUACCCGAAAUGGUGUGCGGGCUCAUGCGGUUGCAGGCUGGGCCUCAGGAGGUGGUGAUUGCAGGACCCCGGGACGAUCCUGGCACAAAGGAAUUGCUGUCCUGCCUGCGGCAACACUUCUUGCCCUUCGUCACCAUCAUUCUGGCCGACCAGGAUCCAAACAACCCACUGCGCAAGCGGCUGAAGAACUUCGACAGCUACACCUGCGUCGACGGCAAGCCCGCUGCGUAUGUCUGCCAGGACUUCAAGUGUUCCAAGCCAGUCACGACCGCAGCCGAGCUCGAGGCACUUUUAACUGCCAAGGAGAUAUAGUGCCCCGAGGAUGUGGCAUUGCAGUGUUUUGGGCAUGUUCUUAUAGGGGACACAGCAGAACAGUAGCACAGACUUGUGUAGGUCGAGAAACAGUGCUUACGUGUAUAGUUUGUUCCAUGUUUUUUGACUUCACCUGCUAGUGCUUUUGUUUUUGAUGCAUCCUAAGAUGUUGGUUGUUGAAGCGGUUGUUAUGUCGUCAUAGCACGUUUUGGUGGCCCAGCUUUUUUGGGCACUUGUUGCAGUGUUGCGCACAGAAGUGUCGUUGGCACUGGGAAUUGAAGAAUAAAGGUUCAGCUUUGUUUCC